AAAUAUCCUUCUUAGCUAAUGCUAGUCUCGUUACAGUUUAAGGAAGCAUAUGGGUUUUACAGACAGCGUACAUGCAUCAAUUCAAAGGAUAAUAAACUGUUCAAAGGAGGAAAAUUCAGUCAGACCUGAACAAUUUCCCAUAGACACCACUAAAUAUUUAACAAAAAAGCAAACAGGAUACUCUUGGAGUGUGCGUACUGCUCCUGGUAAGAGACCAAACACUUACAUUCUGAUUAUGGAGAGGAAAUCAUGCUGGUCCCUGAUCCUGUGUUUAUUAAUAUUUGGGAUCAUGGGCUUGGUGGGAUAUAUACAGUUUAAAAAGGAAUUGCUGAGCAAACUAUCAAAUGAAGUAGAGUUCGUAGAGUCAGAGGUGAGAGAAAAAGAACUGGAUAAAAAUAACUUUGGUUUAGCAGUUGAACACACACAGCAGGAAAUCGACAACGUGGAUAAGGAGGUCAAGGGACUUCAGGAUGAGGUCGGGAAAUUGAACUCAGCUAAGGAGGAACAGGACAAAAAUGUUAAAGCGUGCAAGGAUUCAAUAGCGGGGUUGAGUAAUAGCAUUGCGGCCGUGGAGAAGGAGAAGAGUGACAUCGAGGGUCAAAAACCUAAAUGGAGUGAAGAAAUUAAUGGCUUUAAACAGAAGCUUCAGGAUCAUAGUCCAGUCUGUGCCUUUGUGAAGGUCACUGCAGAAGACCUCAAGAAAGAACCUACCUUAAAGGAGCUUUGCCCUCAAAUUCAAAUUACAGUUAAAGUAUAAUUGGGACAGAAUACCAGCAGUCUGAAUUCAAGACAGCAUUCUAUAGCAGGAAUUCUAAAUUAAACAACAGAUUAUCUAAUUGAAAAGGGCUUUUCUCAAGGAAAAGUCAGUGUGAUUUGUAACUACCAUUCAACAGCUUUAAAAUGGUGGACAUGUACAUUGCUUCCAGAAACUGAACUACCUGCAUCUCUGCAGUAGCCCUUAUGAUGUAACCUUAAAUUGUUUUAUAAAUAAGUUUUUGAUUAUAAAUUGUCAUAUUAUUUGGUUAAAAUCAUCUGCUAAAAGAGUAUGCUAAUGUAUAGAGACUCCACAGAAAACUGAAGACUACUGAAAUGAAAAAUGAAAGCAUGCAUACAUUUUGAUUAAUCAUGAUAGUUGCUUCAGUAUCAGUUGUGUAGGUUUGCAUCUUCAUCACUGCUCAGUGGAUGACAUGAUAGUGUUUAAAAUGUCAUAUACUUUAUAUUACAACACGUUGCUAAAUUGUACUAUGCUAUUACCAAAAGACAAAAGAUCUGAUUCUUAAGAAUUCUACUUCUGUGCUUAUUACUUAUUCCCUAUCCAAAACCCCAUUCCCUGUCUGUGUAAAAUAACAUUAUAAAUGAUUUAUAAAGUGAAUUAUAAUGGAAAUCAACUCCAAAUAUAUAAUAUAAAACAACAGCAAAAAUAUUUCUAAAUAUUCCUUUUUGUUUGAAUCUGGUGCACUAAUCUAUAACAACUUCACACAAAUACAGGUGAUGAACUAAAGGACACAUAGAGGGAAAAAAAGCUGUAAAUAAUAAAGUUACAACUUGGUAACAGAUUAUUUUUGGUAUGUGUGUACUUCGGCUGAAGAUCAAAUUGCUGCAUCAUGUUUCAUGCCAAAGGGUGUUGGAGAAACUCUUUUUAAUAAAACUUGAAUAAAAGAAGUCCUCCACCGAUUUACUGUAGAGAUAUUAAAGGCUAAUAACUUGCAUUAGUAGGCCUAUAUUCAUACCCAUGACCAAAAUAACAAAAACAAAAUGUUUUUAUAUGCUGAUUUUUGUGUGUCUAUCAGCUCAAACAAACCCUCUCAUUCUAACCUCUUGUUCUUUGCUGCCAUCUAAUGGCCAAGAACUAGAAAA